AUGACCCUCAUGCACGACGACGUGCUCGUUGUCGCCGGAGUGUCCGUGUGCCAUGUGUCGUGGUUUGCCGUAGAUACCCACAGCCUGCUGCUGGCCUCCGCCACCGCUGAUGCAGCACGAAUCUCUCAGAAAGACCGGUGGCAGCAGCAAAGACCACAUGAUGGGGGCACAUGGACGGAGAACGAAGAUGUUCAGCUCGACUUUGUGCUUUACGGCGCGAAGGCGAGUGCCAUGAACGAUACGAGUGAGGUCGUCGACUACACCUUCCUCACAGCGCAGCCGCAGCCAUCACGGGUGCCUGGCGAGGCUCUGGUAGCGUACCAGGCGCGCUUAAAGCACUGGAUGGAGACCUGUUAUGCGGCGCACUACGCCGCACGCUUCAUUGACCACCUGCGCAGCGCCUCCCCAGCACUUUCUUUCGAAUACGACUCGGUGCUGAAGCUGAUCAGCUCGGCAGAUGGGCAGCGCACGGUGCGUGGUCUUGUCGCGCCUGCAUUGGACGGCAGCGGCCACCAUCUCAUCAGCUUCACCGUACCGUUGUUCGUGACGGGGCGGGCAGCGAAGGUGUUUCAAUCGCUGAACAACGUUGCAGUGCUGUAUUGCACGAUGUCCCAUGUCAAGUGGAAGCCAUCGUACCAGCUGACCAGCGUCGAGGCCGACGUGCACACGCGCUUCCGCACGGCUCAGCGCACUGGCAGGAUUACUCUCAUUGCAGAGUCGGUAGUGCUGCGCCUUCGCGACGCUGCUGCUGCUGGCGGAGAAGCGGGUGCCACAACGGAGGGGCGUGCUGCCGACUCCCUCAUCUCAUUUUUGCACAGCUGUGUCGAUUUGUACGGCCUUCCGCGACUAUCUAUGGCGCAGCAGGGUGCCGGCUUCCUGGAUCAUAUUCCACGACUGGAGCAUACGCUGUACCGCCGCAUCCGCGAGCCGCUGCACUUUAUGAAGCUGGUUCUAGGGCUCAUGGCAGACUUUGGCAGCCCAAUCGACGUCAGCGCGAGCUGCAGAGCAUUGACCGCGACGGUUGACAGUGCCACGCCGCAACUGCCAUUGCCGUGGUCGCCGCAACAGCAGCAGCAGCAGCACCCACCGCCGAUGCGCAGGACGGCCACGUUCUGUGUUGUGGAUCGCACCACAGCGAUGAGCUUUACCAUUGGCCUCCACUACCAGAGCGGUGAUGAAUUCCCGUCAGUGGAGACGACGUGCAACCAGUACCUGGAUGCCCAACACGGCGCAACGGUCUCUCGCAGGGUGAAGUUCUCAAGGAGCGCCUCGAGUAUGCGCAAGGACGAUGACGGCUUCCUCGAUGUUGAGGAUCUGCGCGUCAUAGUGGUGCGCGAGACACUCGAGUGCAUGUCGGGUUCCGCGGCCCUGGCCUGA